AUGGCACCCAAUUCGCGGCCGAUGAAACAUAUCGAUCGAAAAGAUCUGUACACCAACCUCGAGGCGCGGAUUCAAUAUUUACACACAUUCCUCGACUUCAGCUCAAACGACAUCGAAGCCCUGAUCUGGGGCUCCAAAUACAUCAAACAGCUCACCCCCGCCAUCGUCAACAUCGUGUACCAAAAACUCCUGCAAUACGACAUCACGGCCCGCGCCUUCGAAACGCGCAGCACAAGCUACGAAGGCCCCGUCGACCCCAACCUGACGGAAGACUCGCCGCAAAUCCUCUACCGCAAGAAGUUCCUCCGCGCCUAUCUGGCGAAGCUGUGCUCCGACCCCAGCCGCCUCGAGUUCUGGGAGUACCUCGACAAAGUAGGCAUGAUGCACGUCGGGCGGGGCCGCGAGCACCCCCUGCACGUCGAGUAUGUGCACAUCGGCGCGUGUCUGGCCUUCAUCCAGGACACCAUUACCGAGGCGUUGCUGUGCCACCCGAAGCUAAGAAUGGAUCGCAAGAUUGCGCUCGUCAAGGCGAUCGGAAAGGUGAUUUGGGUGCAGAAUGAUUUAUUUGCCAAGUGGUAUGUCAGGGAUGGGGAUGAGUUUGCUGAGGAAAUGGCGGCGCCUAGGGUCGAGGCGGAGGGGUACCUGUAUGGGAAGAAGGUGUUGGAUGAGCUUGAGGAUGAGCCAGGCUUAGUGCAGAGGCCGAAGAGUAGUCCGGGGGUGUGUCCGUUUACGGGGGUGAAGGCGACGAGUCCAACGCCGGCGGCUGGGGCGGAUGCCACGAAUGGCUUUGCGACUGUUGUCGCCGGAGCCACUACUGCAUGA